CGGCUCCGAGCGGCUCCCGAAGUGUGUCCUAUCUUCGAGCGGCAAACAAAACGCCGCGUCCCCUAACCUGGGUGAGAAGGGAAGUGCGUCACGCAGAGCGUCCCGUGUUCCCGCUUCGAGCAUAGCGUUUCCUGGCGUUCCCAGAGCGAGCGCCGGUCCACGAUGGAGGACGAGGACGUGAUGGAGAUCGGGAACGUGGAGAAUGUCUGCCGGCUGUGUCUGUCCGUGGACGAGCCGAGGUCCUCGGUGUUCGCGCAGGAUCGAGAGGAGGACCCGUCCAGCGUGUCGCUGGCCGCCAAGAUCCAGGCUUGCUUGUCGAUCCAGAUUUCACCCACUGAUAAAUUGUCCACGCUGAUAUGCGCAAAUUGUGUGAAGAAUGUUAAUCAAUGGCAUACUUACAAGGAAUCAUGUCUGCGUUCACAGGAUAAGCUGCAAGAAUGGCUAGCCACCCAAUCGCAAUCAAAUCCUACAGUUAUAACAAUCAAAGACGAACCAAUGGAUGUUGAUUAUGAAGAUAAUGUAGAAAUUAUCUCGGAGACUACCAAUAACUUGGAACAAGCACAUUCACCGAUUCAAACAGUGGAAAACAAGGAAACUGAUAAUAAAGAAGUUCAAAAAAUAGAUGAAAAUGAUGCAAAUGACACACAUAAAGAGAAUGACUCGGAGACAGUUCCAUCUGCAACAGAAAUGCAGUCUGAAAAAGACCAAAAUCAAAUUGAUCAGCAAGAUACUGCAGCUCUAUGUUCCAUUAAAAUCGAGCCACAGGACGAUGAUGAUACCGAUUGCACUAUCGAAGUAGAAUCUGCGAACGAUAGUGAAUUAUUAUUAAAUCCCAUGGCAGUUUCCACAAAGGAAGACACGGUUAUGGAAGCCGAUUCUACGCAAAAGUCUAACGCAGCUAGCUCGCCGCCUAAGAAGAAAUUCAGACGCGGUCCUCAUACUCAUUUCAGAGGAACGCGCGUCGUUAAAAAAAAGUGCACGCAUUGUCAAAUAUUCUUGCAUUCCAAAUACUCAUAUAUAAAGCACAUGCAGAGAUUCCACAGCAAGGAGAACGGCGGUAUCGAAAAUUUGGAGUCGAUAUCGCAGAAUGAUGACGAAGAGAUGGUGGAAGAUUUAGAAGACGAGUUGGUCAGUAUGGAGAAAGACUCGCCACUGACGCAGGUCCAACAGGAAAUUAUCAGCCAGUUGAAAACAUUCUCUUGCUAUUCCUGCGAACAAACAUUCAACGAUCGGCGUAGCACGCUCUCCCACAUACGCCAACAUCUACCGGAUUUGAGACCGUACACGUGCAUUGCUUGUUUAACCGAAUUUCCCGAUCGAUCCAUGUACCAAUUACAUUGUGGCGCGUCCUUUGAAUGUGCCAUGAAGAUUGCCUUGGUAGUACCCAAACAUGGUAACGAGCGGUACUUCACCUGUAAUAUGUGCCUACGUUCAAUGCGCGAUAGAAAGGAGUUGUUGAGUCAUUUGUCGAAACAUUCUGACAAGCAAUACGAGGAAAUGAUGUCGCCAGCACGCGCACCACCCAAGCUGAAACCGAUGGCGCCCUUGCCAUCCGAGAAAAGCAGUUCCGAUAAAACGAAGACUGUCAGCGGACCUUACAAGAAUGGCGAUCCAGCGCACAAUCAUGUCUGUGAUCUAUGUGGCAUGAUUUACAGAUAUCGACCCAAUAUGGUUAGACAUCGCGAGUUUUGCAUGCGGUUGCUACCGGAAAAUAGAACAUCGUACAAGUGCGCGCACUGUUCCAUGACGUUCCUUGUGUUCAAGAAAUUCCAUACUCAUAUCACAGUUGAUCACAAGAAGAAGGAGUUUACUUGCGUCGUGUGCAACUCGAAAUUCCGAUCGCCCAGCGAUUACUUGACUCAUCACGAGAAUCAUCGCGCGGCGACACACGACGGCAAUCGUCAAACACAAGACACGUCACGAAACGAAGUUCAGGCGCCAUUGAAGGAACGGAAUGCCUACCGAGGGGACGCCAAUCCGCCUAAGUCGAGACUCGGUAGUCAAAAGUAUAGUUGUGCGCUCUGCACCCAGGAAUUUUCCACAAGGACUGAGUUAACAGAGCAUCGGAAUCUCCAUCUUAAAGUGAAAAUAUAUUCGUGCGCCAUUUGUCGCAGCAUGUUCAGUAGUCCUGGCGCGUUGGAGAUCCAUAUGAAGGAUCACGGCAUCGAGGACCCGAAUGAACGAAACGCUAAUAUCUCUUGCGUGGAGUACGGCAACUUGGAUGAGGAUGUGAGGAUCGAUGAGAAAGAUUCGAUGAACGCUAGUGCCGUCUCGGAUCCUGGUACAAAGAUUCAUGAAUGCUCUGAGUGCGGUAAGGUAAUGUCAAAUUACGCUAAUCUUCGCCGACACACCAAGAUCGCUCAUCGGAAUGCCAAGAUAUAUGAUUGUUACGAGUGUUCGCGAAUGUUUACGCGUAAGGAGAUGUACGACCACCAUAUGCAGCUCAAACACAAGUCGAAGGCAAUGUUGCAAUGUCCCCAGUGUCCCAAGAGUUUCGUCUUCCAGUCGAACUUUACUUAUCACUUUCGCACUGCCCACCUUGAGAAAUCGCAAAAUGGUUACGCUUGCGACAUUUGCGGCAAGGUUUUCGUGGAGGAGGCAUCUUUGAAGAUACACAAGGGUUGGCAUAAUCGCGCCAACUCUCGUUUGAGCACACGAUUCAUACUAGGUAAUCAGAAGGCGUCAAAUAACGAAUUACAAAUGGAAUCAGUCAGCGGCGAAUCGGGUGAAAAUUCGGAACGUCCGGCAAGAGCACGAAAGUCAUUUCCCAAUCCUCCGCUUCAAUCAGCGACGACGUCGUCAGAGGGGAAUUUCCAAUGUCAAGUAUGCAAUGACAAGUUCAACGAUGUUACGGAGUUGAGAAACCAUCUAUGGGAUGUUCAUUGCGCCCGUAACAAACCAGAGAAGAAUUUCUGCAAUGAUGAGCUCCAGUGCGAGCUCUGCACGAACGUUUUCCCCGAUCAGGAAACUUUGGCGUCACACAUGCAUUGGCACAAGGCCAACCCGAUUCUCAGCGACAUAAGAAAAGCGUACUCUUGCGACGUAUGCGGCAAGUCUUACAGCUCGAAGAAGGUCUUGUGGAAACACAAGAAGCUGCACAAGGCUACUGUCGUAGCGUCGAUCAAGUUCCAAUCCUUAGCCAGGAAACCGAUGGCUAGCCAAUUUCUUUGUAACUUUUGUCGGAAGGUCUUCUCUAGCGGCCAAUCGUUACAACGGCACAAGCUCAGCUUCCACAACGAGCUACAGAGUUCACAACGGACUCAGCAACAAUUGUACAAUAGCAAUCGUAAAUUGUCGUACGAAGAUGAACCGAGACCAAAACGUAUGAAACUCGAGAUCGACGACGAUAAUCCGCCUAAACUGCCGCCUUUUGCCAUGGAUUUUGCCGGUGAGAGGAGGAAGCCGGUUAUGUGUCAUUUGUGUAAGAAGAUGUUUCCGAAUAUGAGCGUACUGUACAAGCAUAAACAAACCACACACAAGCAUCGAGCGAGGAAGGAUGUGAUACCCGAAUGCAUACCGAUGUCGACUCAGGAUGGCAAGUUCUCGUGCAACAUCUGCUUCAAGGAAUUUCCAGGCCUAUCGAAUCUGCGACAGCACUUCACCAUUAAGCACAAGAAGGGCCCGAGAUCCAGUCAUCCCCCGUCGAACAGCGACGCAACCCCCGAACGACCAAUACGACCGACGAAGGAACCCGAGUCGCCGACUCACAAUAACAUCUUGUUCAGCUGCAAACUGUGCAAGCAGUGUCACGUCUUCAACAAAGAGGCGAUCAUAAAUCACAUCACUACUGUGCACAACGCGGUGUAUCAGGCCGACAGUAGGACGUUCCACAGAGAGGUCAAUCUGGGCGGUUACGUAGUGAAGGGUGCGAUCGGGGCUACAUGUCCGCGAUGCAACGUCAAGUAUCCCAACAACCGGGCUCUAAAGAUACACUACAUCAAGUUCCACGAGAACGCCGAUUAAACGUUUAUAGCUGCUGGAAACUUGGAUUGGUGCCAGGUGGAAAAAGUUCUUCUCCAUAUCCCGUGAUCACGAAAGGAUCGAUAGAUCUUCGCAUCCCGAAUCAUGAUUCUCUUCGUAUUGUAAAACGCUCUUGCGCGACAUGUUCCUGAAACAACAUUGAUCAAUCGUUUUUACGUAAAUGUAAAAUUUACUUGAUGACACAACUUAUAAUGAACUCGCGAUAAGUUGAAUUUUGUUUUAUUAUUGUAAAUCAGUGAUUCGCGAACGCUUAAACAUCCAUAAUUUCGAUGUUUGCGAGAUGAUAUAACAAAGUACACAAGUACAUUCUCUCUACAGAUUGUUUCAGUGUGUUAACAAGAGCUUUCGUUUUGCACGCGCAACAAUUACUUUCAUAAACGCGAACGAUUUACACGUAGAUGAAUUGUUAUCUAUUUGAUACAGCAACUGUUGUAAUUCUUACGACCAAUGAAACGUGUAAAUAUCGAGGUGAUAUAGAGUAAAUAUUACAUGACUUGAUGAAAAUCGUGUGCAGCCUCUCGGUGUAUUGUAGUUAUAAGUUGAUUGCUGCAGCCAGGUGUUAUAUAUAUUCACAAGGCAAUCUCUUAUCAUAAAAAGUAGAACCUGUAGAAUUUUUAAUCCUCCCACGAAACUGCGUUACGAAUUUGCGAGACUUUUAUAUGUUCUCAAAAAGAGGAAGUAAUUUUAAUCCUAAUUUCUCCCCCUCCCUUUUUUCCAUUUUUCAUUCUUUUCGUCAAUCGGUUUAUUUAUUACGCUUCGCAAGAUAUAUCGUGCAACCUGGUUGCAGUAAUGACGAAUAAUCACUUUAGAGGUGUACUACAAUUGCUUAGACUACCCACACCUUAUCUAAUAUAGAUUAUAACAAUUAUAUAUAGAAUGCAAAUAAAUAUGAAUAUCUUGCUUAUACGUGACGAUAUUUAUUAAGUUGUCCUUAUUGUAUUCUGUUUUGCAGAUUACGUUCCUUUUAUUCGUUCCUUUUUC